AAUGCCGUAUAACCUCCGUAAAAACCGCGUUCUUAAUUAUUUGUUAAGAAAAGAUUGUGAGGUCGAUGAUUUUGGAUCUGACAGUGAUGCAGAUGAAGAUGCGUGUGAGGUGAUGAGUGAAGAAGAGGCUGAGAGUGAUUCCUCUGAUUCUAGUGAUGCUGACGUGCAAAUUUCUUUGACGCGGAAACGCGCACUAGAAGCAUCUUUACGGAAAUCAGGACGACUUGUUUCUAUUCUGAUAGGCAAAAAUGGAUAUACUUGGUCUCUCAAAUUCCCGAACCGAAGUUCAGAUCGCAGUCAAGUCCGAUCGCGUACGGGACUAACGCCUGGGCCAAUAAAUGAAGCUGCUAAUUGUAAUGAAAUUCAUGAAUAUUGGGAAAUACUUUUCACAGAAAAAAUCUGUCAACUCGUAGUGGACUAUACAUAUUUAAAGAUUCAACUAGUGCUUGACGAAAUUUCAAAGACUGGAAAUACUCUCCAAACUUAUCAUCACACCACAGACCUAGUUGAAAUGAAUGCUUUCAUAGGAUUGCUGUAUCAUGCAGAAAUGUGGAAGGCAAAUCAUGUUGAUCCAAAACAUGUCUUCAUCAAUGCUAUUCCUUAUAAAGGAAAAAUUCAAGUAAAAGAUGGAUUAAUUCCUGAAUAUUUACUCCGAAAAGUAACUGAGCCUAUUCAUGGAACGCAUCACUCGGUUACAUGUGACAGCUGGUUUACGACAAUCCCUCUGAUUGAAAAAAUGCAAAAACAACCCUACGAUUUAACGAUUACUGGUACUAUCCGUAGCAACAAGAAAGAGAUUCCAUUAGAAAUGAAAAUUGCUGGUGAAGAGCGAACCGCAAAAUAUUGUCAUCAUGAUUCAAUCACACUUGUUUCAUGGACGCCAAAAAAAAAAAAGAAAUGUAUUAGUGGCUUCUUCUUACCUACAAUCUACAGCAAU